AUGUUUGGAAACAGCGCUCCCUUCUCUUAUUCCCCAGGGGGUUUCUCACAAGAAGACCUCCCUCAGCAGAGGCGGGGUUUCCAACAGGAUGACCUCAAGGGUGCUCCACUGCAGAGAAACAACAUGUCCAGGCCCAGUGGCAGAUCCAUAUACAUGCAGAGAAAGGAGUACUCUGAGUCGCUGAACAGAAAUUCUGACAACUUUCAAGUCAGAGUGGAGCAUCUGUUCACCUGUGAGCUGGACGGCCAGGAGAUGAGGACGGUGGACGACUGUGUGGCCAAGCUGAAGAGGCUGGAUGCCAAAGGUCGUUUGUGGCCCCAGCAGAUGAUCAUGGAGGUUCAGGGAGGAUAUUUGAUGCUCAGUGACAUUGAGACCAAAGCAGAGCUGGAGUUGCUGCCUUUGAGUAGCAUCCAAAAAACCAAAGCUGUGUUGGACAGCUGCGCCUACAACUCUCUGCUGACAAUAAUUGUGCAGGAACGCAGCAAACGCAUCCAUCAGGUCUUCAUGUUCCAGUGUGAGGAGACCGGGGCGGAGCUCAUCAAGAGCGAUCUGGAUAAGAUCAUCAAAAAAGGAGGUGAUCAUGUGGAACCACGCAGGGAGCAGCCAGACAUCAGGAGUAAUCUUGAGAAUAUCAUAGGGCAACAUACUUCAGGUUCAAGUUUCCGACAGGCUGGACCUCAUCCUAUGCAGCAAGAAAGGAACCUGCCACCACCGGACCACCUGGCCCCACAGUGGGGCAACAACAGAGAACCAGAAAAUAUGCCUCCUCCACGGGUCUUCACCCCACAAGAAGAACUACUGAACUAUCCUGAUCUUCAUGAACUACAGAGUAGCCCAGAGCUCGCUCUGCCACCUGAGCAGACAGACACUGCGAGGAACACGGACAUUUUAAACCACAUUUUAAAUGAUAUGGAGAUCUUCAUGGACAAAGUGUCGGCUGCAUCAAACGCACCUUCACAGCAAGAGGACAAGAGCAAAAACAAAAAGCUGUUUCAGAGGAAAAAAUCUAAACGAAAUGCUGUUAGUCUGCCACCUUUGGAGGAAUAUUACGCCUAUCUUCAGAAAAUCAAAUAUGGAUUCAAUCUGCUGGGUCAGCUGGAUGGGGAACUGACCAAUCCCAGUGCUCCUGACUUUGUCCACAUCUUCUUUAGUAGUUUAGGCUCGAUCUUGCCUCAGUAUCCUGCAGACCUGCCUCCCACUGUGCUCUCUCCCCUGCUGACAGAGAUGGCCAUGCGGUUGCUGGCUCAGGUCGUUGACCCGAAUGAGGACCAAAUGUGGAGGUCUCUGGGAGACUGCUGGAACGUCCCCAGAUCAAGAUGGCCAGAUGAUGAUGUCCCACCUUACAUUCCCGAGUUCUACGAUGGCUGGCAGCCUCCCGCCCCGCCACGCCUGCCCUCCCCGCUCCCUUACCGGAACGGUCCAAUGAGCAGGAGCAACAGCCAGCGCUUCCCGCCUGACCGACCCAACGGACAAAUAAACGACAGUCAGAGUUACCCGCCCAGAGGGAUGCAAGAGCCUGUGGGCAACAGUCAGUGGGGGGGUGCACCACCGCUAUCCCGCUCCACUGAGCCACCCCUGCCGAUGCGUGUCAUUUAUGACUUCAUGGCCAGGAACAACCGAGAGCUCAGCAUCAUGAAGGGAGAAGUGGUUGAGGUGAUUCAGAAAUCAAAGCAGUGGUGGCUCGUACGUAACACUCGUGGCGAGGAAGGCAACGUUCCUCAGAAUGUUCUGGAGCCGAUGAACAGCGCAGGGCCCAUAAACGAUCUGCGAGACACUCGUGGCCCCGUGACUCUGGACAUGGCCUCCACAUCCGCAGAGGUCAGAGCCUGGCUGGAGUACAGAGGUUUCUCCAAAAUCACUGUCACCAGCCUCGGAGUGCUGACUGGUCAGCUGCUUCUGGGGAUGACGAAGGAUGAAAUAAGGACUGUUUGUCCAGAAGAGGGAGGCAAAGUCUUCUUCCAGCUUCAGGCUGUUAAGACGGCCAUUGCUCUUGCCAAUGAGCCGCCAGGCCCGUACACCAGCCGCUACUAAAGAUCAACGUCACUGCUCAACGCCUUCAGUUUCUUUUCUCUUGAAUUUCAUCGAGAUCAACAUUUGGAUUUUUUUGUCUUAAUUAAUUAUGUCAUAAAUUAUCUUGUGUUGAUGAUAUAAAUGAAACUGCAUCAAGUGCUGAUUUCUUAGUGAAUUACUACUAAUUACUAUAUGUAGUAAAAUUUAUCACCAGCAGCAAAUUGAGUUAGUUAGAAAUUAAUUUUAACUGUAAUAUAACUUAUAGUUCCUCUAAUUAUUUCAAGUAAAUUGUGUAUAGUUUUAUGAACUGCAGUUAAAUAAAAAUGUAUGUAGACCUUUGUUCAAUCAAACAUAUUUUCGUUUUUAUAACUACAUUCUCUCCUGCUGCAUUAACUUAUAUCCUACAUUAU